GUGAAAAGAAAAAAGCAGCAGUUUCCGGUUUUCGGUUUCCGGUUUUCGGUUUUCUCCUCCGCGGGUGAAAGAAAAGCAACAAACGACUGCCUGUCCAGGUGGAUGGCUACUUACUCUCUCUCUCUUUUGUGGAGAGAAGAGAAAAACCUUCCCCUUUUCUACUUCUUUCCCCCGCUCUCUUCUCCACCUCCGAUCGUUGUCGGCGCCGGAAUCCGCUGGAGGCGCGCCUGAGGACUCUAAUUCAGGCGGAGAUUCCGUGAUGGUGGCAGUUUCCCGAUGGAGUACGGUGCCGGAAUCCACAUGUCUCGGGCGGGCGGUGUGACUGAGAGAUCGCCGCUCACGCCUCAGUCGGACGAAGCUUCCCAUUUGACCAAUCACAUGGUGAGGAUUACUCAUAUUAUCAAUGCGGUAUUUGGGCUCUGCUCCGUCCACAAAGAAAUCCACGAGUCAGUUAGUCUGGCAGAGACAUGCUUGAGAUUUCUAUUGUGAAGAUACAAUGUGGCAAAUGAACAUGAGAUCAAAUGAAGCUAUGGAAUCUGGACCUUAUCCUGAGCGCCCGGGGGAGCAAGACUGUGCUUAUUACAUCAGGACUGGCCUAUGUAGAUUUGGAAUGACAUGCCGAUUUAACCACCCUCCUAAUAGGAAGCUGGUAAAGACUGACACUGGUCCUGUUAAAUGCCAGGCUGCUGCUACUGCCAGGAUUAAGGGAGAGUAUCCUGAAAGAAUUGGGCAACCCGAAUGCCAGUACUAUUUGAAGACAGGAAUGUGCAAAUUUGGAGCCGCUUGCAAGUUCCAUCAUCCCAGGGACAAGGCUGGAAUUACUGGAAGAGUUCAAUUAAAUGCUUUAGGAUAUCCACUCCGCCCGAAUGAGAAGGAGUGUCCUUAUUAUUUAAGAACCUUUCAGUGUAAGUUUGGGAACACCUGCAAAUUUCACCAUCCCCAACCAUCCAGUUCGAUGGUGUCAUUGCGUGGCUCUCCUGUUUACCCCCCUGUACAUUCCCCUACAACUCCUACUCAGCAAUCUUAUCCAGGAGAGUUGACAAACUGGUCCUUGUCGAGAGCUUCUUUCAUUACAAGCCCUCGCUGGCAAGGUCCUUCAAGCUAUGCUUCAUUGAUUCUUCCUCAGGGCAUGGUAUCAGUACCUGGCUGGAAUGCAUACCCUGGGCAAGUGGGGUCUGUUUCAUCUUCAGAAAGCCAGCAGCAAACAUUGGGAACAGGGCAAUACUAUGGGACCACACGCCAAAAUGAAACAACGAAUGCAGGAGGGCAAGGAACGUAUUCUUCUUAUCGCUCUGGCUCUGUACCUGUAGGCUUUUAUACCUUGCAGAGGGAGAACGUAUUUCCAGAGAGACCCGACCAACCUGAAUGCCAGUUUUACAUGAAGACUGGAGAUUGUAAGUUUGGUGCUGCAUGCAGAUUCCACCAUCCUAGGGAGAGGUUGAUGCCAGCUCCCAGUUGCAUGUUGAGUCCCAUGGGCCUUCCACUACGUCCAGGAGAACCCUUGUGUAUCUUUUAUUCUCGUUAUGGUAUCUGCAAAUUUGGCCCUAAUUGCAAGUUUGAUCAUCCCAUGGGAUCUUUUACAUAUGGACUUUCCACGUCUCCUUCAGCUGAUGUCCCCGUUGUUCGGCGUUUGUUAGGAUCCUCAUCAGGAACUUCUACAUUACCUUUGUCGUCAGAAGGGUCAGUGGAAGCAGGUCCAGGAAAGUCCAGGAGACUUUCACUCUCAGAGACGCGGCAGAUGCCUUCUGGUGACAAUAACAUUGAGGUAGAGUGAUCGCAAUCAACUUCAAGCAUCGGCCCUGUUUCUACAUUUUCAUAGUCCUUCGAGGAUAAAGAAUUCAUCUGUAAAUUGAGCGUCCAUUUCUGAAGAUGUACAGGCAUUCAUGAUGAGCUGAAUCUGUUCGUCUGGAGAUGCAUUUUACUUGACAGAACACUUGAGGCUUAUGAAAUACACAUUACCACAUCUUGUGUAAAUCUGCACAUAGUAUCACUUUCUGAAACAACAGAUGGGAAAUGCCACAGCCAUUUGAUAAGCCCAUCUUUUUUAUUUUAUGGAAAUAUGUAAUUUUUUUGUUUCUAGGGAUUUGAGGUGGUCAUGUACAAACAUCCCUUCAAAUUUUAUCACAUUCCAGUUUCAGCCUUGGUUUUUCUUCAA